AUGUAUCCUGGUGCUCUGCCUGCCGCCGCUUCGACACGUCGAUCAUCCUUUUUUUAUCGAGCGUUUUUGAAGAGAAAUUCUACCUUUUGGGCAACGUCUGUUGCAAUUGCUUUUUUUGCUGAUAUUGCGUUAGAUGCUUCUUUGCAAGCUGCCUGGGACUCUCAUAACCGUGGAAAGAAUAAAAAAUGUCUUUCCGGAUACCCUAAUUUGCUCAAAAGGCAAACCAAUCGCGAAAAAGCAAGUAAAUCCGAGGACUAUAGGUUAACAUCCAAGCUACUAAAGCUAUCAUACGUACGAUGCAAGGUUCUUUUGCAUGCCUAG